AUUGUUGUCUCUCUUAAUCUCUCCUUCAUUCCGUUUGGAAGAAUUCCUCUGCAACACAUACGCCUCCUCGCCGCGGCUACAAUUGGUUCUAGAAUUAGAUCCACCGUUGGCGUUGCCUAGAGAAAUGGUUGUCUUCGAACCGAGAUAUGUAAAGAUUGUGUCGAGAUGCGCAAUUUCCUUUGCUCUAUGUUUCAAUAUCCCCGGUGACUGAACGAUGCGGUGGAAGGGGUGGGAGAUGCGACGAUGGGCGAUGGCAGAUCCACCCUUCUCUUCGGCUUCCUUUCCGGGAACGACCCUUCCCCUUCCCUCUUCCAUCAAUAACAUCGCCCACCAUUCUACCCAGCCCUCAACUUCAUCGGCCAGCGGAGAUCCGAGAUCUGCAUACUCCAUUUUCUCCGUCGAGAUGCACCACGUGGAUGCCCUGUCUUCCAACGGAACUACUCCUAACUCCAGGCUCCUCCGUGAUGCUUCCCUAUAUCCAGAAACAUCAGUUCAUGAUCUCCAUUAAAACAAAAAAUCAACCGUUCCUGCAAUCUACGAAUACUAACAGCUCAGCUCCAUCUUCCUCGUCUUUCUUUCUCCAUCUUCUUCACCAUUAUGUGCUCUGGUAUGGAGGUAAUAGCUUGAGAUGCGGGAUUCGAAGGGGUUCUAUGAGGAAUGAGCGAACAUGAGCUAGCCUCUCUCACCAACGAAAGAGAAACCCAAUCCUUGACAAACCCAGUGCUGGAACCGACGACGGGACAUGGGACGCCAAUUGCUCUGAGAAUUGCUUGAAAAAAACUUGACCCACAAACCCUAAUGUGCGAAGCCAUUUUGAGAACGGAAAGGCAUUGGUGAGGUAGUUAUUUAUAAAGCAGCGCAUCAAUU